GAGCGAUUGCCUUGCAGGCAAGCCGCAACUGUGAUUGGGAGCAAACUGCAAAAGCACGUCACUCUGAUUUGACCCCGCAUUGCCACGAUAAGUGUUCCUACUCCCGAGUCCCCAGCGACCCCAUGUCCCUCUGUCAUAUUGUUCAUCUACCCGCCGCAACUCAAGCCCACAUCGGACUCUAGUUCCACAACGUCUCACUCUUCCCCCUUCAUUGGGCCGUGGAUAUGGCCACAACGGCGAGUUUCGCGACUUCCGGUCACCUUCAAUUGCUGCGGAAUGCGGUUGACGCCUCCCGAGAUAAUGUCGACCUCGUUCUCGUCCCUGGCACGAGAACGAUCCCGCCAGAGGACUGGCCGUUUGCGAACCCAGAGUGGCUCGCCACUCUGCCCGGUUCCGGUGCUGGGGCGCGUGUCCUCGCGUACAAUUAUGCUUCGCCAUUCGAGGGCACCAAGCCCUCAUGGGAAUCGAUCUUGAUGCUUGGCUACGACCUCCUCCAGCACUUGAGAGACGCGCAACCACAGCCAGCUCAAGGUCUAACCACCAACAGACCAACUAUGAUCAUCUGCCAUAGUUUAGGUGGCAUUAUAGUCAAACAAGCGUUAUGCGUUGCCAACAAACAAUUUCCUCGGUAUGGGUCAAUCCUGAACGCCAUUGCAGGUGUCAUCUUCCUCAGCACGCCACAUCGCUAUGGUGACAAGACUGCCAAUCUCACACGGUUUCGAGACGUCAUGGAGGCAACAACAGGUAGGAGCCUCAAGAUACCAAGCGCUAGUAUCGAGCAAGAAGGCUCCAUUCUACUCGACCUCGCAGAUAGAUUUGAAGAGAUCCGGCUCCGUGCUCCUAUACUCUCCGUCUAUGAAUUAAAGGAUUCGAAAAACACUUCAACGCCAUUACGGCCGAAAUAUCAACAGCUAGUCAAUCGUGAGGCCUGUUUGACUCGUGCACCAAUUGAGACGGUCGUUGGCCUCAAUCUCAACCAUCACGACACAUGUCUGUUCAACAAGAGUGUCGGCGGCGAAGGCUUAUCCGAGUUCAACAAGUUCGUUCAGGAGACUCUGCAUGACGCUGCACGUCUUCUCGCACUCCGGAUGGAGGACCAGGAAUAUCAAUACGCAACGAUAAGCACCUACUCGCCCACUAUGAGCGAACUACCACUUCAAGAACUUGCCGAAUGGCCAUCACACAGAGCGACAGAAGGGACGUCUCUUUCCGGGUUCGAGUUAGUGCAUCCUAUAACACCAACCACUGACUUUCGGAAAACCAUUCAUUUACCAUGCUUCCUUCUCAACAAUCAUUCGGCCAACAAAGAUUUCUGCGGGCGCGAAGAUAUCCUCGAGCGUCUCGCGACUGAGCUGUUGCCUUCGCAGAACACAGUGACAGCGUCGGGAAACUCUCUACGGCAAUUUGCACUAUGCGGGUUUGGCGGCAUCGGAAAGACGGAAAUAGCCCGCGAGUUCUCCCGACGCCAUAAAGACUCUUUUGAUGCAGUCUUCUGGAUCGUGGCGGAUGAGAUUGCGAAGCUUGACCACCAUUACCAGCAAGUCUCGUUAGCACUGGGACUCGAAGACCCAUCCGAAUGCAAGAGUCAGGUUGUUAGCAGAGAGAUUGUCAAGGGGUGGCUCUCCAAUCCCCGGAAGCAUCUAUCGGGGUCGGACGAGUUUUCUCAGCCCGGACAAGCUGGAUCGGAAGCGACCUGGCUUCUGAUAUUCGACAACGCAGAUGAUCCAAUGAUUCUGGCGGACUAUUGGCCACAAGGCAGCGGGUCGAUUCUUGUCACGAGCCGCGACCCAUUGGCCAAGAGCGCGUUUACAAGGAGACCCUCAGGCCUCGAUCUCGGCCCGCUAACGCAACAAGACGGCCUGUCCCUCUUCAACCAUCUCACAACCACUUUGAACGACCCCGAAGACAACGCAGCCAGGGACAUUUGCGCCGCACUUGGUGGCGUCCCUCUGGCCAUCUCCCAGAUGGCGGGUAUCAUCCGUCGACAGGAUCUCACCUUUUCAGAGUUCUUGGAGCUGUAUGCAGACCAUGAAGAACAUGCCAGUCUUUAUGGGGCAAAUCUGGACGCCAAUUCGGUCACAUAUCGGCACACUCUGUCAACUGUCUGGGCUUUUGAAAAGUUGAAACCCCAAGCCCGGCAGUUGUUGGAGUUGAUUUCAUUCCUCGACCCAGACGCCAUUGGAGAAGACGUAUUGAUGCAAGCAUCGGCAGACCUGCUUGUCACGGGCGCACAGUUCAAGAAGAGCAACUAUAUUGAGGCCCGAGGGGAUCUCUUGCAGUCUUCCCUGAUCCAAAGAGACAAGCAAAAGCAACAGAUAUCUGUCCAUCGCAUUGUGCAAGAUGCAAUUCUGGCAACAAUGGACGACACGAGAAAACGGUUCAUGUUUGACCAAGUCGUACGAAUUCUUUGGGCGGGCUGGCCAUCAGCCAUGCCCAAGCCAUCAAAAGAACCAGAAUUACCCCAGCCUAAAUCAGCAGGUGGUAGAUUACAUGUCGGAAGGUGGCCUGCUUGUGCGGCAACCUAUCCCCACGUUCUGAGGAUACAUCAGCUCUGGCCAACGAUCCCCGACCUUUCUGAAGCCACCAGGGUGCACUUUGCAAAGUUACUAAAUGAGGCUGCAUGGUACCAAAAAGAGCGUGGACGAACGAGGGAUUUUGAUGGCUUUUUCGAAACCGCUCUUAGCAUCUGCGAGUCCUCGGCGCACCCAGAUCGGGAAUCUGUACUUGCAGACAUAUACUUCUGCUUAGGAGCUAUUGCCAUGGACGCGAGCGAUUUCGGGACAAGCCGCGUUUAUAAGGAACGUUCUCUCGAUCUGGUUUCCCAAAUCUGCAAGGAGCAGGGAACAGUCGACGAGAGGCUGUACCUCGCCUACGCAGAGCGAGCUAUCUCACGCAUUCAAGAUGGGCGGCCCGGGGAAGGCGAAGCCGAUCUCAAGGAGGCGCUCCGGAUCCGCAAAUCGCUCGGCAACUACAUUCCCCGGGCAGGGGAGGCCAUGCUAGGUUUGGCUCUUCUUGCGCAGGGGAAACUUGAAGAGUGCAACACGCUUCUCCUGGAUAGUUUGGCGAGAAGAGAAAAGGCUUUGGGCAAGGAUGACAGGGAGUCUGUCCGUACUGGACUACUUCUUGACGCACUUGGUAAUCUCCGUGCUGCGCAAAACCAAUGGAGCGAGAGUUUCGAAUACCACCUGAGAGCGUGGCGCCACAUGCGCGCAACGGUGGGCGACAGGGAUCCCUACACUGCGAAUGCCGCUCAUAAAGUCGCCGAGCACCUCUCCCGGUCAGGACGGAACGAAGAGGCAAUUUCGAUGAUUAACAGGGCGCUGGAUAUCUGGUCUGUCGACCCGACUGCACACAAGAACCAGAUUGCUCGCACUACCUUCUUCAAGGGUAAGUUGUUCGAGGCGACAGGCAAGACGCAGAAAGCCUCCAUUGCUCUUAGAGUUGCCUGUCGUCUGAGGCUGGAGAUCACCAAGGACGAUCGAGACGUGAAAAGCUUGACGAUGAAAGACUUUGACGAGAUUGUUGCUUUCAGCGCUCGUUAGCGGCAAGAGAAGAUCCGCGUUUGAAACUCAUUCAAUGUCAUUUCUCACCGCAGAUACCAUGCCUAAAUUAGUCUCGGUCACUUCACUCAAGCGUCGCCAAGAAAACCAGAUCGGAAGAGACGAGUCGCAGCUCCUGUGGUCCG